ACAGGCUGGGACUGAAAAGGUAUAUUGGGGUCAGCCUGUGACGCGUCCUAAAUCUGCCGCAUACGCUGCAGGGCUAUCGCCCUGCGGAAGUGGAGAGCUCUGCAGGUUCAGGAGCAGAGGAGGUUCGGUUUCAAGUCGAGUCUCCAAGCAGCGCCCUAGGGGACCCGCUGUGUCCAUUUCUUUUACAAAGUUCCGCCCGGGACUCCGCUCAGAUCAGGGCCUGAAUCUCCAGGGCCAGUCCGAGUCUUCAAAGGCCAGGGGAGACGCCAGGGGCUUACGCUCCUAGCCAGGGUGGAGACUGUGGACGACCCCGGGCGCUCCUGCGCCUGCAACGCGGAGCGAGACCGCCAGAUGCCGCUGUGGCGCUCCGAGCGCGGUCCUUUGCCCAGCCCGCCAGGGGAAAGCCAAAGCCGCGCCGGCGGCGGGGCGGGACGGACCAUUGAGGGCAGAGGGGAACCCGGGACUGAGAGACGCCUACAGCUCCUGCGGCCGCAGACGCAUUACCCCCUCUGCCGGCUUCGGGAGGUGGUUCGCUCCAGCCGUGCUGCGCUCGCGGGUUCCGGGGAUGACCCGCAGCAGCGCAGCGUGCACCGGCUGGCACCGGCGUCACGGGCUCUGUCGCAAUGUCGGGGCUGCUCGUGGCUUUGCUGGCCCUGGCGCUCGCCUACUUCGCGCUGCUGGACGGAUGGUACCUGGUGCGUGUGCCGUGCGCCGUGCUGCGCGCGCGCCUGCUGCAGCCGCGCAUUCUAGACCUGCUGGCCGAGUCGCGCUAUGCCGGACGCGUGCUGCCUUCGGACUUGGACCUGCUGCUGCACAUGAACAACGCGCGCUACCUGCGCGAGGCUGAUGUGGCGCGCGCCGCGCACCUGGCCCGCUGCGGCGUGCUCGGGGCGCUCCGCGCACUCGGGGCGCGCGCUGUGCUGGCCGCCUCGUGCACGCGCUACCGCCGCUCGCUGCGCCUGCUCGAGGCCUUCGAAGUGCGCACCCGCCUACUGGGCUGGGACGACCGCGCCUUCUACUUGGAGGCGCGCUUUAUCAGCCUGCGCGACGGCUUCGUGUGCGCUCUGCUGCGCUCCAGCCAGCACGUGUUGGGCACCUCACCGGAGCGAGUCGUGCAGCAUCUGUGCAAGCGCAGGGUGGAGCCCCCUGAGCUGCCUGAAGACCUGCUGCUCUGGAUUGCCUACAACAAGGCCAGCAGCCAGCUGCUCCGGGCUGAGAGUGGGGUCGACGCCGUCAAGAACCAGUGACCACCAGUCCCUGCCUGCCAGCCUUGACCUGGGGGCAGUUGCCCACCCAGCCCCUCCUGCCGGGGGCAGAGAGUGCAGAACGGGCUGACCAGGAGGGUCGCUCUUUGCCAGCUGGAGUAGCCCAGUGACAACUCAGCCCCCUUUACCCGCUCGGCCUCCCUCCCCCUUCCCCAUUAGUGAUGCCCCUCUGGCCCUCCCUGCCCUGAGCAUGGGAUGGGCACCCUGACCUAUCUUAUCUGUCCUCAGGGUGGAGAUGAUGGGCGAAGUGGGGGGCCCACGUGUAGAGUGCUUGGAGAACAGGGACCAUCUAGAGCCACACUGAGCCCCAGAGCCCGCAGCUGGAGCUGUGUUGGGGGUGCCAGGGGUGACACCAGAGCCAUCCUGGGGGCAGGGCGGGGACCUGAUUUGGGCACAGCAAGGACCUGCCAGCAUCUCAAGGCAGAUUCCUCUGUGCUGGUGAGGGAGGGGCAGACGCUGGGUGGAGUCUGGAAGGUCAGAGGCCAGGCCAACAGAAGGGUGCUUAGGAGGGAGGCCUGGCUGCCUUCAGCUUCCCUGGGGUGGGGAUGGCCUGCAGCCAAAACUCAUGGCUGGAGCAUGUGUGUAGAUCAGAUGGCAUGGGGUUUCUAUGGAGGUGGUGAGCUUCCCGUGGCUAGGGGUGUCCUAGUCAGGCCUUGCUGCCAACGAAGGAAUGGGAUUCUGCCGGGGUGCUCUCUGCACCCCACCCUCGCCUCUGUAUCCCUCAGUGCCCAUAGGGCUAUGCUGUGUGACCAUGGGUGGGAUCCUGCCCCCUCUGACCCUCCCACUAGGCUGUCUGCCUGACAUGCUGUCUUGCUGCAGAUUUUUUCCUUCCUGCUCUGAGGGGCUGCCUCUCUAGAUGGGCUGGGGCUGGGCAGGGGUCUUCUCGGCUUUGCUCCAGUGGCCUGUCCUGGCAGCUGCCCUCAGGGCCCCUGAUGGAGUCACCGGCCGCAUUCACCUGCUCCAGCCUAAUCCCUCUCCUUCGAGCUGGGGAAAGGGAGGCCUGCAGAGCCAGGCUCUGGCCCAGAGCCACUGAGCACUGAGCAAGGACGCCCCAGGCUGGGCUCUGCACGAUGGCUUCAGCUCCCUGGCUGGCAGGGGACACUGGGGUCAGAGCCUUGAUUGUGUGACUGCUGCCACGCAUGUGUGUGGCCACUUGCUUGUGCCCCUGUACCUGCCCCACCGGCCCACAGGGCAGGCCAGAGCAGCUGGAGCCCGGAACUGCCUCCUGCUGCCCCUCCAGGAAGCCAGCCACCAGCUGGCCAGGAGCACAGCAACGCCCGACUCCACGCUGCCGUCUGCCUUAAGCCACAAUGGGAAAGCUGUAGUGUUGCUGUUUUAUUUAAAGAAAGCCCAAGAUUAAAGGGUCUUAAAUGCGA